UGAGUGCAUAACUGCAUAAGUAUGUGUGCAAAGUUUGACUAUAUUAAUAUUUUGGGACACAAAGAAUAAUCAAGUUGAGUUGCUCUCGAUCUCCUGCAACGCCCUAGCCUCGUUCAAGGUAUUGGACAAAUUGAUGAAUGAUGAGUAAACAACAAUCAUUGCUUGUCAUUAUGACAAAGUGAGGUCAUCAUAUAAGUCAAUUGGAUUGCUUCAAAUUAGGAAACUUGCUAGAGUAGCUAGUUAUAGCUUAUCAAACUCGUGUUAUCAAAACUCAAAGGCAAAGCAAUUCCAUUUUAAGUUGUAAAUUCUUGCAUUGCAUUACAUUAAUUUGUAUUCAAAAAAUAGAGAAAAGCAUAAUAAUGGGUUUCCAAAAGGAGUACCUUGAUUUAGUUCUUGUACCCUGUGGAAUUACAUUGAUGUUUGUUUAUCAUAUCGCCUUGCUCUAUAGAUACUUGAAUCAUCCAGAAACUACUGUUGUGGGCUUUGAGAAUCAUAACAAGAGAGCUUGGGUUGAAAGAGUUAUGGAGCUUGAUGAUUUGAGUAGCAUGGAGUUACCCUUAUCAGCAAUAUCCUCCAACACAUCAGCAGCAACAUAUCUAGCCUCAAUCUCCUUAGGCUUGAGCUCCUUGAUUGGUGCAUGGAUUGCAAGCAACAACAAGAUAUUCCAAAGCGAAAUUAUAUAUGGUGAUAGAACUCCAACAACCAUGAUGUUGAAGUACAUAAGCCUUCUCAUUUGCUUCUUCUUGGCCUUUUUUUGUUUUGUGCAAGCAACAAGAUACUUCAUCAAUGCAACUUAUCUCAUAAGCAUGCCAAAUAGUAACACACCUAUUUACUAUGUUGAAGUUGCUAUUAUUAGGGGUGGUGAAUUUUGGCAACUUGGACUUAGAGCUCUUUAUUUUGCCCUCAAUUUGUUGCUUUGGUUCUUUGGACCUAUCCCUAUGUUUGUUUCUUCGGUUUUUAUGGUUGUACUCUUGCAUUAUCUUGACUUGAAUUCGACCCCGUUGCAUCAAUUUCAAGCUUCUUCGAAACAAAGAGGUCACUAAUACUAUGGUAGCUACUACCAUUGAACUUAAUGUAUUAUGAAGAAGAUUAAGAAAUUUAGUUUGUCAUGGCUAAUUGUGAUGUUAUUUACGUGUUUUUGGCCAGGUUCCCAAUGGUCUCCUACAGGUCCCUAUUUCAAGAUAGAAAGUGAAGUUUAAUUAUGUCUUUGGAAGGGAUAUGAGAAUCUGCUCCCUUAAAUGAGGUUUAGGAGAUGCUCCUACUAUCAGUUGAUCCCCCUACACUCUUUGAUUACAACUCUGUAUAUAUGAGUUGAAAAGUUUAAAUAAACUUUUUAAAUUGGAGUGAGACAUUGAAAUACAAUGGUCGGAUAAAGUUAAUAACCAACAAUUUAAAUUGGUAUCAUAUUUGUAAGUUAAUCAUGCAGUAAAUUGAUUGGUUGAUACUAAUUAAAUAUUGAAAUGAAGGGAAGAAUAGUAUGGCCAAUAUUGUAAAAAUCUAAUUUCCUUCCUUUCGCUUCAAGCAACCUAU